AUGACCACCUCAGUUGGUACCAUCGAUGUACAAACCCUGUUCUCCCUCGACGGCCGCAUAGCGCUCGUAACCGGUGCGGGAUCCGGUGUCGGGUCUUAUGUAGCCCAUGGUUUCGCGCUGGCGGGCGCAAAGCGUGUGUACAUCACAGGUCGGCGAGCUGAUGCGCUAAAGCGCACAGCCGCACUGCAUCCCGCCAUCAUACCUAUUCCCGGCGAUGUAUCGACGAAGGCAGGAUGCCUGUCUCUCGUAGAAGCCUUCGAGAAGUCAGAGCGGGCUGCUGGCGUACAAGAGCCGCUUAGUCUUGACGUGUUGGUGAAUAACGCUGGUAUCUUCUCGAACGAUGGGACCUGGGACAAGGAUGCCUCACCCGAGGCCAUAAGCGCCGCACUCCUACAGGCCGAGGAUAAGGACUGGGCGCAAGUCUUUUCUGUCAAUGUUGCUUCUCUACAGUUCAUGUCCGCGGCUUUCUUGCCGCACCUCGCUCGCGCGGCGAAUAUGGCCGGAGGCAAACGCGAGGGUCGCGGCUGCAUCAUCAACAACACGUCUAUCGCAGCACUGUAUACCUCGCGCUGGUCUCAAACGCACAUCUAUAGCGCCAGCAAAGCGGCAGCCGAGUCACUCACGCAGAACCUCGCGUCCAAGUUCACCGCUCUUGGCGUGCGGGUCAACUCGAUUGCCAUAGGCAAUAUUCCCAGCGAACUGAACAACACGAGCAACCCAAACAGUAUGAUCUCAAAACGCGGCGCACUCGUGCCGAUCGGCCGCGUGGGGAACCAGGAGGACAUGGUGGGCGCUGUCGUAUACCUUGCUAGCAGGGCGGGUAGCUUCGUGUCUGGCGCUUGUCUCAAGAUCGAGGGAGGCAUCCUUGUGGGUGCCCAGUAA